AGUCCAGAAACCCAUACGGCACCUCCAAGCUCACCCAUAAACAAGUUACCCGACGUUUUAUUAACUGUUUUGUUUUUCAGGUAGCGUACAUUACAAUGUGGAAUGUAAUACAAUUAUUUAAUUCAAAUUACUUGCGAACUGGGUUUUUAUUCUGAAAAAAAAAAAAAAACCCACAAAAAUGAGCAAGUGUCAAAGUUUGAAUGAGGUGCGCCUACAAGCACAAUUACUUGUAGGUAUAGCCUCUGAUGUCACUGAGCGUGGCUGAAACCUGGCCUGUUGCGGCCAUACAAUUCAGGCCAGCCUCUACCGGAGAAAAUCCGCUUCAGCUAUAGAGGAAAAAAACGGAGAAAAAAAAGAAAAAGGCAUCUGACAACAUGGCGAACUUUUUCUGAGAAGUUUCUCUAGGACGCUAAAAAAAACGUUCUUGGACGGAAGUGUGAGCACUUAUUUUUGCACUCACCCACCACUAUAUCUUAAAUAAAGGUUGAGACAGUUUGAAGAGGCAAGAUGUUUGUUUUCCCUAUCGCCGUGGAAAGUAUCAUGGGAUGAAAGUUGCAUGUUGCAGUAGCUGGAUUAUACUGAAGUAGCAGGACAGGAUGGAGAAACAAGCAACGCGAAGAGAAAAGUUUUCGAUCUUUGGGCCCCGCGCGCUGGGCGGGGCGGUGCGUGCGGCGGUGGAGGGGCCGGGCCUGAGCAAGGCGGAGUUUAUGGAGAAGGUUCGGCGGAGCAACGAGGCGUGCCAGCGGGGGGACUUCCACUCGGCCGUGCGCCUGUACAGCGAGGCCCUGCUGGCCGACCCGCAGAACUGCAUCCUGUACAGCAACCGAUCCGCCGCACACCUCAAGCUGGGCCAGCACCAGGUCGCCCUCGACGACGCCAUCAAGGCCCGCCUCCUCAACCCCAAGUGGCCCAAGGCAUACUUCCGACAGGGUGUUGCCCUUCAGUACCUGGGGCGGCAUGCCGACGCGCUGGCCGCCUUCGCCUCGGGCCUCGCCCAGGACCCCAAGAGCCUGCAGCUGCUGGUGGGCAUGGUGGAGGCCGCCAUGAAGUCGCCGCUGCGAGAGUCCCUGGAGCCCACCUAUCAGCAGCUGCAGAAGAUGAAGCUGGACAAGAGCCCGUUCGUGGUGGUGUCCGUGAUUGGCCAGGAGCUGCUGUCAGCCGGUCACCACGGCGCCUCGGUGGUGGUGCUGGAGGCGGCGCUGAAGAUCGGCACCUGCAGCCUGAAGCUGCGCGGCUCCGUCUUCUCCGCCCUCAGCAGCGCCUACUGGCUGCUGGGCAACACCGAGAAGAGCACCGCCCACAUGCAGCAGGACCUGGAGGUGGCCAAGACCUUAGGUGACCAAACAGGUGAAUGCCGGGCCCAUGGCAACCUGGGCUCAGCAUUCUUCUCCAAGGGGAACUACCGCGAGGCCCUGACCAAUCACCGGCACCAGCUGGUCCUGGCCAUGAAACUCAAGGACGAAGAGGCGGCCUCCUCAGCGCUCAGCAGCCUGGGCCACGUGUACACGGCCAUCGGCGACUACCCCAACGCGCUGGCCAGCCACAAGCAGUGCGUCAUCCUGGCCAAGCAGUCCAAGGACCAGCUGUCGGAGGCCCGCGAGCUGGGCAACAUGGGCGCCGUCUACAUCGCCAUGGGCGACUUCGCCAACGCCGUGCAGUGCCACGAGGAGCACCUGGGCAUCGCCAAGGCGCUGGCCAACAAGCGGGAGGAGGCGCGGGCGUACAGCAACCUGGGCAGCGCCUACCACUACCGGCGGGACUUCGACAAGGCCAUGUCGUACCACGCGCGCGUGCUGGAGCUGGCGCAGGAGCUGGGCGAGCGGCCCGUGGAGAUGCGGGCGUACGCCGGGCUGGGCCACGCGGCCCGCUGCAUGCAGGACCUGGAGCGCGCCAAGCAGUACCACCAGCAGCAGCUGGGCAUCGCCGAGGGGCUGGCAGACCGCGCCGCAGAGGGACGGGCCUCCUCCAACCUGGGCAUCAUCCACCAGAUGAAGGGGGAUUAUGAGACUGCACUGAAACUCCACAAAACUCAUCUCUCCAUCGCCCAGGAGCUGAGCGACUACGCCGCCCAGGGGCGGGCCUACGGGAACAUGGGCAACGCCUACAACGCGCUGGGCAUGUUCGACCAGGCCGUGCGCUACCACCGCCAGGAGCUCCAGAUCUCCAUGGAGGUCAACGACCGGGCCUCGCAGGCCUCCACCCACGGCAACCUGGCGGUGGCCUACCAGGCGCUGGGCGCCCACGACCGCGCCCUCCAGCACUACCAGAACCACCUGAACAUCGCCCGCGAGCUGCGGGAUGUCCAGAGCGAGGCCCGGGCCCUGGGGAACCUGGGAAACUUCCACUGCUCCCGGGGCGAGUUCCCUCAGGCCGUGCCCUACUACGAGCAGUACCUGCGUCUGUCCCCGGACCUCCAGGACAUGGAGAGCGAGGGCAAGGUGUGCCAUAACCUGGGCUACGCCCACUACUGCCUGGGAAGCUACCAGGAGGCCGUCAAGUACUACGAGCAGGACCUGGCGCUGGCUAAGGACCUGCAUGACAAGCUGAGCCAGGCCAAGGCCUACUGCAACCUGGGCCUGGCCUUCAAGGCACUGGGCAACUUCAGCAAGGCUGAGGAGUGCCAGAAGUACCUCCUCUCCCUGGCCCAGUCGCUCAACAACCAGCAGGCCCGCUUCCGGGCCCUGGGCAACCUGGGCGACAUCUUCGUCUGCAAGAAGGACGUGGGCGGGGCCAUCAAGUUCUACGAGCAGCAGCUGGCCCUGGCGCACCAGGUCAAGGAGCGCAAGAUGGAGGCGUGCGCCUACGCCGCCCUGGGCACCGCCUACCGGAUGGUGCAGAAGUACGACAAGGCCCUGGGCUACCACACCCAGGAGCUGGAGGUCUACCAGGAGCUGGGCGACAUCCAGGGGGAGUGCCAGGCCCACGGGCACCUGGCGGCGGUCUACAUGUCCCUGGGGAAGUACACCAUGGCCUUCAAGUGCUACGAGGAGCAACUCGAGCUGGGCCAGCGGCUCAAGGACCCCAGCGUGGAGGCGCAGGUCUACGGCAACAUGGGCAUCACCAAGAUGAACAUGAGCGUGAUGGAGGAGGCCAUCGGCUACCUGGAGCAGCAGCUGGCCACCCUGCAGCAGCUGAGCGGGAACGAGGCCGUGCUGGACCGGGGGCGGGCCUACGGUAACCUGGGCGACUGCUACGAGGCGCUGGGCGACUACGAGGAGGCCAUCAAGUACUACGACCAGUACCUGUCUGUGGCCCAGAGCCUGAACCGAAUGCAGGACCAGGAGAAGGCCUACCGGGGCCUGGGCAACGGACACAGGGCGAUGGGGAGCCUGCAGCAGUCCCUGGUGUGCUUCGAGAAGCGGCUGGUGGUGGCGCACGAGCUGGGGGAGAGCGCCACCAAGGCGCAGGCGUACGGCGAGCUGGGCAGCCUGCACAGCCAGCUGGGCAACUACGAGCAGGCCAUCUCCUGCCUGGAGCGCCAGAUGGGCAUCGCCCGGGAGACCGGGGACCGCCCGCUGGAGGGCCACGCCAGCUGCGGCCUGGGCGCCGUGUACCAGCUGAUGGGCGAGCACGAGACGGCGCUGCGCUGCCACCAGCUGGACCUGGAGAUCGCCGAGGAGACGGGCAGCGCCGGCUGCCAGGGCCGCGCCUACGGCAACCUGGGCCUCACCUACGAGUCGCUGGGCAACUUCGAGCGGGCCGUGGUGUACCAGGAGCAGCACCUGAGCAUCGCCGCGGAGACCAACGACCUGGCCGCCAAGACGCUGGCCUACAGCAGCCUGGGCCGCACCCACCACGCGCUGCAGAACUACUCGCAGGCCGUCAUGUACCUGCAGGAAGGUCUGCGCUUGGCGGAACAGCUGGCCCGCCGUGAAGACGAAGCCAAAAUCCGCCAUCGCCUCGGCCUGUCGCUGUGGGCCAGCAGCAACCUGGAAGAGGCCCAGCACCAGCUCUAUCGAGCCUCGGCCCUGUUUGAGACCAUCCGGCACGAGGCCCAGCACAGCACCGACUACAAGCUCUCCCUGUUCGACCUGCAGACCUCCUCCUACCAGGCCCUCCAGAGGGUCCUCGUCAGCCUGGGUCACCAUGACGAGGCGCUGGCCGUGGCGGAGCGGGGUCGAACCCGGGCCUUCGCGGACCUGCUGGUGGAGAGGCAGACGGGCCAGCAGGACUCUGACCCCUACACUCCGGUCACGGUCGACCACAUCCUGGACACGGUCAACGGGCAGCGGGCCCUGGUGCUCUACUUCUCCCUGGCGGCUGGGUACCUCUACAGCUGGCUGCUGGCGCCUGGGGCAGGAAUCCUGAAGUUCCACGAGGUGUACCUGGGCGAGGGCGUGUCGGAGGGCGGGUCGUCCGAGUUCCAGGAGGCGGGGGGCGGGGCCGGGGGCGGGUCCUCGCUGGAGCAGCAUAUCGCCAGCGCCCGAGAGGCCCUGGGCGUGGACUCCUACUACAGCAGGGGCUGUUCCAGCAGUGAGACAGAGAGUGAGGCGGGCGAUCUGCUGGACCAGCAGUUCGAGGAGCUCAACAACAAGCUGAACUCUGUGACCGACCCCACGGGCUUCCUCCGCAUGGUGUCCAGGAACAACCUCUUCAACAGGAGCUGCCAGAGCAUGACCAGCCUGUUCAGCAACACCGUCUCUCCCGCCAAAGAUGGCGGGUCCUCGCUGCCCCGCCGCGCCAGCGCCCUGAGCAAGCCCCCGCUCCGCGCGCUCUACGACCUGCUGGUCGCGCCCAUGGAGGGGGGUCUGAUGCACUCGAGCGGGCCCGUGGGCCGCCACAGGCAGCUGGUUCUGGUGCUGGAGGGGGAGCUGUACCUCAUCCCCUUCGCCCUGCUCAAAGGCAGCUCCUCCAACGAGUACCUGUACGAGCGCUUCAGCCUCAUCGCCGUGCCCUCCAUCGGGAGCCUGGGAGCCGGAGCCAAGACGCACCCUCGGCGGGCGGGGCCAGCGCUGUGCGGGGGCGUCUCCAUGGCGGCGGUGGUGGGUAACCCGCGGUUACCCUCGUCGGUGAUGGACCGCUGGCUGUGGGGGCCCAUGCCGUCGGCAGAGGAGGAGGCGGUCAUGGUGUCGGAGCUGCUGGGCUGCCAGCCGCUGGCGGGCGCGGCCGCCACCAAGGAGCGCGUGAUGAGCGCGCUCACGCAGGCCGAGUGCGCCCACUUCGCCACGCACAUCUCCUGGAAGCUCGCCGCCCUGGUGCUCACGCCCAACCCGGAGAGCGCCGCCGCCGCCGCCGCCGCCGCCGGGGGGGCGGGGCCGGGCGGGGUGGGCCCGGGGGGCGGGGCCGGGGCGGGGGGAAAGGGGAGCAGCAGCUACACCAUCCCGGAGAGCCUGCGGGGGGGGCAGGACGACGGCAGCGACGCGGAGAGCGUGUGCGACAGCCCGCCCCUGCAGGAGUUCCUGCUCACCGCCGCCGACAUCCUGGACCUGCGGCUGCCCGUCAAACUGGUGGUGUUGGGGUCCUACCAGGAGUCCAACAGCAAGGUGACGGCGGACGGGGUGGUGGGGCUGACGCGGGCCUUCCUGGCGGCGGGGGCGCAGUGCGUGCUCGUGUCCCUGUGGCCCGUCCCGGUCGCCGCCUCCAAGGUGUUUGUGCACGCCUUCUACUCCGCCCUGCUGAGCGGGACCAAGGCCAGCGCCGCCCUCGCCGACGCCAUGAAGACCGUGCAGAGCAGCAAGCAGUUCUCCCACCCCUCCAACUGGGCCGGCUUCAUGCUGAUUGGCAACGACGUGAAGCUGAACAGCCCCUCGUCUCUGAUUGGCCAGGCGCUGGCGGAGAUCUUGCAGUACCCGGACCGGGCUCGGGACGCCAUGAGAGUCCUGCUCCACCUGGUGGAGAAGUCCCUGCAGCGGAUCCAGAGUGGCCAGCGGAACUCCAUGUACACGUCCCAGCAGAGCGUGGAGAACAAGGUGGGCGGGGUCCCGGGCUGGCAGGCCCUGCUGACCGCCGUGGGCUUCCGGCUCGAUUCGGCGGGAACCGGCCUCCCCGCCGCCGUCUUCUUCCCCACCGCCGACCCCGGCGACCGGCUCCAGCAGUGCAGCACCACCCUGCAGUCCCUGCUCGGUCUGCCUCCCCCUGCACUCCUGGCCCUCUGCAAACUCAUCACUGCCUCAGAGACUGGAGAACAACUCAUCAACAGGGCUGUUAAAAAUGUGGUGGGAAUGCUCCACCAGGUGCUGGUCCAGCUGCAGACAGGUGAGAAGGAGCAGGAUUUCUCCGUGGCUCCCAUCCAGGUGUCCAUCAGCGUGCAGCUCUGGAGGUUGCCAGGUUGUCAUGAAUUCCUCGCUGCGCUGGGGUUCGACCUGUGCGAGGUGGGCCAGGAGGAGGUGGUGCUGAAGACGGGCAAGCAGGCCAACCGCCGGACCAUGCACUUCGCCCUGCAGUCCCUGCUGGCACUUUUCGACUCCACCGAGCUGCCCAAACGGCUCAGCCUUGACAGCUCCUCCUCUCUGGAGUCCCUGGCCUCGGCCCAGUCCGUGUCCAACCAGCUGCCCCUGGGCUACCCGGCGCCACCCUUCUCCCCGCCCUGUCCCGACAGCUUGGCCUCGGACGCCAUCUCCGUGUACAGCCUGAGCUCCGUGGCCUCGUCCAUGAGCUUCGUGUCCAAGUCGGAGAGCGCCUGUGAGUACCUGGGCCAACGAAGGCAGCAGGAGCUGGAGCGCCACCGGGGCGGGGCGGGCCUGUUCUCCCCGAACCGGCACCCGGGCGUCCCGCGGAGCCGCUCGUCCCCACACGGGGCGGUGGGUGGGCGGGACGAAGAGGAGUACGAGGGCUACUCCAUCAUCAGCAGCGAACCCCUGGGAGGCCACUGCGACACCCUGCCCCUGCCCGCCGGUCACCGCAGCAACCGCGGCCGAGGGGGCGGGGCCGGCGGUGGGCGGGGCCACGGCGGGGCAUCGGUCUCCUCUCGGGGCAGCGUCAGCACGCCCACCUCGCCUGUCAAGGCCGCGCCCGCGCCUGCCCCCGCCCCCGCCCCCGGGAGCUCGACCCCGCCCUCCCAGAAGACGGGGAAGGUGAGCAGCUCGGACACGGGCGAGUCGGACCAGUCCAGCACCGAGACCGACAGCACCGUCAAGUCCCAGGAGGAGAGGACGACAGCACCCCCGCUGGACCCCCAGGAGCUGGCCAAGAAGAUCCUGGAGGAGACGCAGAGCCACCUACGGGCAGUGGAGUGCCUGCAGAGGGCCAGCGGCGAGGGCGGGGGGGCGGGGUCCGGGGGCGCCUGCACCCCCACCGGAGGCUCCGCCUUCCGCUCGUCGGAGACCAGCGCCUUCAGCCGGCCCCAGAGCAGCACCAGCAUGAGGGGCCAGUCCUCCCCCCUCUCAGUCCGGCCCAAACCGCCGUCCCGCACCUCCUCCCUGCAGAAGGUCAGCUCGGGCUACAACAGCCCCGCCACCUCCGACACCUCCCUGAAGGAGGGGGGCCACCCCUCCCCCACCCCGACCCUGGACGGCCACGCCCACUUCAAGCUCAAGUACCCCAGCUCGCCCUACAGCGGCCACAUCUCCCGGUCGCCUAGCAACGUCUCCCCCAGCUCGGGGCACCAGUCGCCCUCCGGUAGCACCCCCUCCCCCGCCCUGUCCUACUCCUCCACCGGCUCCGCCCGCUCCAGCCCGGCCGACGCCCCCGAUAUCGACCGCCUCAAGCGGGCGGCCAUCGACGAGAAGGUGCAGGCCAUCCACAACCUGAAGACCUUCUGGGCCAACGCGGCCGCCGCCCAGCAGCACCAGCAGCACUCGGGCCCCGUUCGGGCCCUCCGUCCCGGCCAGAGAGGCACCGGCACCGCCGGGAGGGACGUCCUCAACCUCCUGAACCUCUCCCCGCGCCACGGCAAGCCGGGCGGGCCGGGCGACGGGCUGGAGCUGCCGGAGCUGGGGCUGAGGUCGCUCGACCGCGGCGCCAGGAACCCCCCCAACGGCCACCGCAAGCACGACCCCCGGAAACUGCCCCCCUCGCCGGCCACCUCCACCAGCAGCAGCCCCGGGGCCCGGCCAAUCCGGCUGCCCGCCGGGAACGGGUACAAGUUCCUCACGCCGGGGCGCUUUUUCCCCUCGUCCAAAUGCUGAGGCGUCUGCCGUUUCACCCUCCCGCCCCCCUCCCCCCGAUUGGUCUCUCGAUUCCCCUUCAUCGACGAUUGGCUGUCCUCUCCUGAUGGUGUCAAGGUGCUUUCUGAAGGACCUGAUUGACCAGUUGCCCUGGAGAUGUGCGAAAACGUGCAGCAGCUGGGACUGGAUUGAGAGCGCACGAAUACUUACACCUCCGCCUACACUGUAAAAAAAAAAAACACAAAACAAAAACGACUUGGAGAAAAAGACUCUGAAAGACCUGACACUGUGCGUGCCAGGAGGGACUGUAGCUACCAAGCGGUGUUUCCUCGGACGUGUUGACUGUUUGCGUUAGCCAAGACGAUGCAGCUCGGACUGUUCCGUUUCCUUUUAUUCUAUUUUAUUUUUAAUAUAAUAAUUAUUAUUGUUAUUAUUAUUAUUGUUGUUAUUAUUGAUUGUUGUUAUAAUAGUUAUUUUGUUUUGUAAAUUAAAUCCAGUGUUUCGCAAUCAGUAUUAAACGUUUUUAUAUGAUGACGAAAAGCAAACAGGACUGUGUAAAAAAAAAAAAAAAAGAGGAGGAAAAAGAUCUCAUAUUUUUAUUGAAAUGGCAAAGAAGGCACUUUGCCUGAUUUCUUUGUGAUUAAGUGUUAAUAUUAAAGCAUGGACUCUCUUCCUAUUCAGUGUUUCAAUGUCUUUUUAGCACAUGACUUUUGAAAACAAAUGGGCGAUCAUUCGGGAAAUGCAAAAAAAAGGCACCGCAAUGUCAUUUAUCAGUAAAACGGUUUCAAUAAAAAUCAGGUUUUCUCUCUUGGAA